UUCGAAAAUAACGAAGCCAACCCUCAACAAACAACAUUUUCUCCUUAUAAAAACCACACUUCUCUCUUUCUUUCUUUCCAACAACAACUCUCACACUCUUCGUCGCCUCCGUCCUUUUUUCUUUUCUUUCAAAUUUCAGAUCUCUCCCUCUCUCUACAAUGGCCUCCAUCACCGGAACUUCAUUUUCCAUCACCGCAUUCCAACAAUCACUGGUACCUGGUUCUGCUUCCAGAUUCUCUAACCCGAAAUCAGUUUCCCUUUCGAUUAAAGGGAGAGCCUUUCCAUCACUUACAUUGCAAUCUAGGGUACACCGCUUUCAAGUUACCUGUGCAGCCAAACCAGAAACUGUAACUAAGGUCAGUGACAUUGUCAAAAAACAAUUGGCAUUGGCAGAUGGGACUGAGGUCACCGGAGAGUCCAAAUUUUCUGCCCUUGGAGCUGAUUCUCUCGACACGGUUGAGAUUGUGAUGGGACUUGAGGAGGAGUUUGGUAUCAGUGUUGAAGAAGAAAGUGCCCAGGCCAUUACCACUGUUCAAGAAGCAGCAGAUAUGAUUGAGAAGCUUCUUGAAAGCAAGACUGCUUAAGCUUAAACCAAGAACAAGGACACACAUGCAUUUGAGUUUUUGUAUUUUUGUGUGAGGAGGGUUUAAAUUUUAUCCUAGGUAUUUCAGUUUGAUUGCUCUUACGAUAAACUGGUAGAUCUUUUAUGAACUCCUCUAGAAUUACUGCAUUACUGGUUUUAUUUUUGUAGACCUUGUGGCUCUCUUCAAUGAAAUGAAAUUUAUAUGUCA